AUGACAACCAGGAAGGUGCGGUACAAGAAGCUGAAUACCAAAACACCCCUCCCCGUCCUCCGAGAAGACCAGAUCGACCCGACCGAAUAUGAGUCUCUCACUACCGAGUCCCAAAUUGCUACUGGCGUCGAGCAAGCCGAGGAAAAUGAAUACCAUCUGCAAGCCGCUCUCAAGAGUGUUGGAGCCAGUGCAGAUAAUGAGAUUCCCGUGCCGCCGCCGCAGAAUAGCGUCGAGGCCAACUAUGACGAGUUAUAUCCAACCCCUUACAUAGAGCCUCGCAACUAUAUCAAAUUCUCCGACACGGUCGAGGAGACCAUCAGGGGUAGCCUCUAUGAUAUGACAGCAGAGGAUGAAGAUUUUCUCAAGACUUACAACACUAAAAGAUCAGCCAAAGAGAAGCUGUCCGAAGAUGAAUUCGAACACUUCAUGGAGGUCCUCGAGGACACCGCUUCCGAGCAGGCCCCCUACGCCGCUGUCGACAACACUGUCGUCUCUUACGACGUCAUGUAUCACUCUAUGGUGCGGCGGAUAGGCUCCGUCAAGCUCGCCGAGACUCAUGCCAAGCCCGUCUAUGAGUACUGGAAGAGCCGGCGCCAAGACAAUGCAAACAUGUCUCUCAACCCUGCUGUCAAGUUCGAGACACACCAGGAGCAUGACGAUAUGGACCCCUAUGUUUGUUUCCGACGGCGCGAAGUUCGUCAGACCCGCAAGACUCGAGCGCGCGACGUCCAGGUAGCGGACAAGCUGAAGAAGUUGCGUAGAGAACUAGAAGAUGGACGUCAGCUUGUUGUCUUCUCGCGCCAGCGCGAGUUCCUGAAGAGAGAGUUGUUGAAGGCCGACAGGCUUGUCUUCGAGCAGCGAGCCAAGCUCAAGGAGAUCAAGAUUCGCCUCAACAUUAAGACCGACGACGAUGAUUUGGUCAAUACCAAGCCGCAGAAACGCCCGAGAACUGAGGCUCAACAGCCGCCACGUGCUACACCUCACGGUCAAGUUCGUCAAGGGGCUCGUCCCGAUCGAUCAAUGGAGCAAGUGGACCUCCCCGAGUUAUCCCACAAACUGGCCGAGAAGGAGAACGAGUUGCGUCAUGAUGUUGAGGUCAAAGUGCAGAACCAUCGCAGAUGGAAUCAGAACUUUGUCGACCUAACGGCUGACCCUCUGCCUCCCGUUCAACAAGAGAAGGAGUUGAGCUUCAGGCCGGCCAAGACAACAUUCUUGAUGACGCCGCCUGCUUCGUCCGCUUCAGAUUCCAUGGAGAUUGACGAUAUAGCACCGUCGACACCGUCGGCACCGGAGAAGUCGCUUGCGCCAUUCGUCUUCAAGGGCGCCACUCCGGAGGACUCGGACCAGGAAGAAGUGCCUUCGUACCGUCGUCGCGUAGGUCGGUCGGGCCGGCUCUGGAUUGAUCGUCGUACAACUCGCACCAAGACCGAAUCGAGUAUCCUUCCCCAUGAAUUAAGCUCGUUGCAGAGUGAUCGGUGGAAAUACGACCAAGAUGAUGAUGAUGAUGGUGGACCGUCCACGUAUAAGAUCGAUACGAACAGUCUCCUGCAGAUGAAGUUCCGAUCGACCAUCCCACCCCCUCCUGCUUUGCAGAAUCGACGACAGGGAACGGAUCCGGCGCAAUUGCAGGGGUAUCCCAACCGACCGGCUUUGCCUCAGGUCCAAAUACCAUCUGUAUCAUCUGCCGCACCGUCGGCGCCGUCGGUCCCGCCUCAGGCUCAGCCGGUGCAGGCAUCAUCAUCUUAG